CUGGACUCGACUCGCAUUCAUGCUUCUCGAAUUGAGCUCCAAAAUAGGCUUCACAAACACGUUUCCACACUUAGCCAUUUCCAGGCAGUUUCCCAGUUUUGGCAUAGCCUUUUGAUGAAUAUCCAAAGUAUGCACCAUGAACUGUCUUUACACUGAAACAACAGAUUAGGUCGACCUGAUCCUAUAUGAGGUCGACCAAAUCCUAAAUGAGGUCGACCAGAUCCUAUAUGAGGUCGACCGAAUUCUAAAUGAGGUCGACCUAAUCCUAACUGAGGUCGACCGGAAAGUGUAAGUCACCGUGACAUGCAUGUCACCGUAGGCACACCCAUUAUUAUUUAGUAGAUGUAUAAGAGUUAGAACAUAAUAAUUUGAAAAAUAUUAUACUCUAUAUUAUGUAUUAAUGGAUAUUUUAGGAUCAUAAUCUUUGAACCAUAUUAAAAAAAAUAACUGUGUUUUGUUGACUUCAUGAUAUAAUAUGUUUGUUUAGAGUUAUAAUUAGAACUUUUCUUGUAAGUUUUAUGUAUAAUAAUGUUGGAUGUACGGGUAUGGGUAUUACCCAUGGGUACCCGAAACCCACGGGUAUGGGGAUGGGUUUGCAAAACAUUCCCCGCAUGGAUAUGGGGCGAGUAUGGGUUUGGGUAUUUGAAGAUGAGUAUGGGGAUGGUUUAAGCAAACCCGCCCCAUUGCCAUCCCUAGUCUUACCUAGAAGCUAGGCGAAGCUAAUUAGGCCCAUGGCUUAGCCCAAUAUAGCUUGCUUCAACUGAGGCCCAAUGGAAGUAAGCCCAUUCCUUCCAGCCCAUUUAAACAGAGUUUCACUCUUUCCCAAAUGCAUCGUCUUCUCCAGCAAAAACCCUUCAAUGCAAAACCCUAACACUUAUAAAUUCAGCAUUUCAAUUCAACCGCAAAAACCUCCGCCACCAUUUCCAGCCAACCACUCCUGAACCCUACAAUCCCUAGAAAGAGCCACAGAGCUCGCCCGAGAAACCCACAACAACAAUGUCGGAAGUCGAAGUCUCCCGCUCCGAGAAGAAAAAACACAAGAAGAAGGCAGCCCCGGAGACCGAGGCUGACCCCAUGAUGACCCCAUCCAAAGACGGCUCCUCCGCCGCCGCCGCCGCCGCCGGAGACUUCCUGAUCAAGCCCCAGAGCUUCACACCGGCGAUCGACACUUCCCAGUGGCCCAUCCUGCUCAAGAACUACGACCGCCUGAAUGUCCGCACCGGCCACUACACUCCACUACCCUCCGGCUACUCCCCGCUCAAGCGUCCGCUCGCCGAGUACAUCCGAUACGGCGUCAUGAAUCUCGACAAGCCGGCCAAUCCUUCCUCCCACGAGGUCGUCGCCUGGAUCAAACGGAUUCUCCGCUCGGAGAAGACCGGCCACAGCGGGACCCUCGACCCGAAAGUCACAGGUAACCUGAUUGUUUGCAUUGAUAGAGCUACCCGUCUGGUUAAGUCGCAGCAGGGAGCUGGGAAAGAGUACGUCUGUGUCGCCAGGCUACACGACAAGGUCCCCGAUGUAGCUAAAGUCGCCAGAGCUCUUGAAACCCUCACCGGAGCUGUCUUCCAGAGGCCUCCCCUGAUCUCUGCGGUCAAGAGGCAGCUCAGGAUUAGAACUGUUUAUGAAAGCAAGCUGCUUGAGUAUGAUGUCGAUAGGCAUUUGGUUGUGUUCUGGAUUUCAUGCGAGGCUGGUACUUAUGUCAGGACCAUGUGUGUCCAUUUGGGGCUGGUUCUUGGUGUUGGAGGUCAUAUGCAGGAGCUUAGGAGGGUUAGGUCUGGGAUUCUGGGUGAGAAGGAUAACAUGGUGACGAUGCAUGAUGUGAUGGACGCUCAAUGGGCUUAUGAUAACUAUAGGGAUGAGUCUUAUUUGAGGAGGGUGAUUAUGCCGCUCGAGGUGCUGUUGACUAGCUACAAGAGGCUGGUGGUUAAAGAUUCUGCUGUGAAUGCAAUUUGCUAUGGUGCAAAGCUAAUGAUUCCUGGGCUGUUGAGGUUUGAGAAUGAUGUGGAAGUUGGGGAGGAAGUUGUGUUGAUGACAACCAAGGGCGAGGCGAUUGCGCUGGGGAUUGCCGAGAUGACCACUGCUGUGAUGGCUACCUGUGAUCAUGGUGUUGUGGCGAAGAUAAAGAGGGUGGUUAUGGAUAGGGAUACUUAUCCCAGGAAAUGGGGUCUGGGUCCGAGGGCUUCGAUGAAGAAGAAGCUGAUUUCGGAAGGGAAGUUGGAUAAGCAUGGGAAGCCAAAUGAGAAGACACCCAAUGAAUGGGCGAGGAACUUGGUUCUGCCUACUGGCGGAGACUCGAUGAUUGCUAGCCUUGCUGCUGCUGAUGGACCAGAGACAAAGGCUGCUGCCCCUACUCCUGAUGUGGCAACCGAGAAGAAGAAGAGCAAGCGGAAACAUGAUGACGAUACCCCUGAUGAUGCUGAGGCGAUGGCAAAGAAGGUUAAGGUUGAUCAUGUUGAGGUAGAGGAAACUCCCAAGGUGAAGGAGGACGGUGGGGAUGAUAAGUCGGAGAAAAAGAAGAAGAAAAAGAAAAGCAAAGAGGGUGGUGAAGAGGAAGCUGCAGUAGUGGAAAAGGAGUCGGAGAAGAAGAAGAAGAAAAAGGAGAAGGAUGAUGAAGAGGCUGGUUCACCGGAUAAGAAGUCGGAGAAGAAGAAAAAGAAGAAAGAGAAGGAGGCUGGUGAGAAGGGUGAAGAAGCAAAUGUUAAUGGAAAAGAAGAUGGCGAGGCUGAUAAAAGUGAGAAAAAGAAGAAAAAGAAGAAGAAGGACAAAGAUGGAGAUGAAGAAUAGAUGAUGAUAAAGGCUGGAGAUACGCAUUUUUGUUUGCUAGAUGAAACCCCACAAAUGCUUGUGCGUAUGCUAUCUCUAUUGGGAGAGUUAGUUGCUCCUUGUUUGUUUUUCUUUUUCUCUGUAAUAUGUUAUGCAGUUUCAUUGGAACUAGUUCUUAGAGAAGUUUUUCUGUUAAGUAGUAAGUGGAGAACCAAUAUAGUCCUGAGCUGUAUUAUUAUCCUCUUUUAGUAUGCCAGUUCUCUGCAUGAAAUUUUGUUGCCAAACUCUUUAUCAUUAUUAUCAAGCUUCAUAUUAUGUGCAGUAAUAAUAUUACAAACAGAGU